GGAAUUUGGGCCAAUUUCCACAUUAUACUGAACAACUUGGAAGUUGACAAAAGUGGCAAAAGCUGAUUUCCACAGUAUACUCUGCAAACUGUGUAUUGACAAAAACGUUGCUUUGAUUCAGGAACUGAUGGAGAGCAGAGCCUGUUGAUAUCAGAGUAAAGUUUUACAAUGGUUUUUAGGUUCUUGCAUGUGUGACCCUCCAAGAACCAAGCACUGCGUAUCCUGUCCAGCAUCUCUGAACUUUAAAAAGUCAUUAAAACACUUAUACUAUAACAUAUCUGAAACAAUGAUUUUGAUAAAAGUAAAAAGGCUUUUGUGGGACCUAAUUAUGGUAGCCUACAUCAUUUACAUUUUUGUCACACAGCUGUAGUGGAUAGAAAUACGACUUAUUUAACAUUUUUUUCUACCUAAACAUCUGUUUUGAGUUGUGUAAACACUUACUGGUAUUAAGUACUACAAACAGUAAAGAUGACUGAUUAGAGAAACACUGUCAUCAGUCUUCAUGAGUCAGCACUCUCCACUUGUGCUCACACCUCCAAUUAUAUAUUAUUUUCCAGUCAAUUUCUCAACAUCUUCUUAACAAGAACUCUCGCUGAGGAAAGAGGAACUGCUGAACUGAAACUGUGCAGAAAUAAGCAUUGCGCAAGUAGUGGGGUGCGUCGCAGCAGAAAAUAUUACAGACUCGAAAAAGAGAACUACAAAGCAUAAAUAUGCAAUUUUUAUUUGCACUGAAUAGAACAGUAUUAGGUCUUUGCAAUAAUUACAUUACAUAGAUUAUUAUAAAGGAAAAAAAUGCUGAUUUUGGAAUAUAGGUAUCAUGACUGUGAGUUUACAAUGUCAUGGUGUUUAAUAAUGCAAGGCCUGGAUCUUUACACCAGUCUAGUAUGCCAUCUAGUGUUGACUUGCACUAAACUAGAUGUUCUAAUGCACCUUAAAAUAAGAAUAUAUGGUGAAAGUUGCUUCAAGACUAUGAAAAGAGUGAUCAUUUGUCACCAGUGUCAAUAAAACCAUGUAGUAAAACAAUAAUCCUCUUUCCAAACAAACUAAUAAAGCAAAUUUAAAACCACCUCCAGGAUUGGGACAAAAUCAAUCUUUUAUUUAUAUGUUUGAGGUUUUUUUUACAUUUGAAACUUAAAUAUUCAGAUUUUACUGACAAUAAUUAAUGAACGCUGUAGUUGGACACUGGAUGCAAUUUUAUAAGGUAUUCUUAUUUUUGUAAUAAUUAUUAUUAUUUUUUUGUUUUGUUUUUGUAUUCAUACUAUUCCUCAUCCCUGACUCAAACAGCUUUAUCUCAAGGGCUGAUUCCUAUAUUCUGAAAGUAUGUUGAUAGUCCCUAAGGUUCUCUGGGUGGUUGCAAUGGUAUAGCUAGGUAUUUUCUAUAAGGUGACUUGCAAGAUAGGUGAUAUGGCAUUUCUUUGCAGCUGCAUUGGGAUUGCUACAGUAAGUGGCUGCUGUGGUGUCCCGUGUGGUUGCUCUAGUAUCGCUGCAAGUGUUUCCUGUCAUUGUACCCCACAUGGUUGGUUGGUUGUUACUACUGUUAACUCAUUUGUAUCAUGGUGACAAAAGAAAUGGUAUACGAACAUUUGUAUCCCAUUUAUCAUUUGCUACACAGAAUGGACCACAUAGGCGUACCACAUCAACCACUUGGCAACAUGCCAGCAACCAUCUUAACCACUAUAGCAACCACAUGAGCUACAAUAGGAACUGCCCAGCAACCUGCUAGCAACCACUAAGCCAUGUGCUAGGAAUAAUCUGAAGAGAAGACUCUAAUAUUCUACUAUAAAACCUAUAUAGAAAAUAAAUCCAAUGAACAAAAAUAUUUAACCAUCUUUUAAUUAUUAUUUCUAUUGCAUUGAAAGCCUGUGUGUAAAUAAAUAUAUUUUAUAUUUCAUAUUGAUUUUCUUUCAUACAUCAUUUUAAACAGUUAACCAGCAUGAUUAAAAAGUAUACUAAAUCACAUUAAAUUAGUCAAAAUUAGCUGUUAUUUUGCCUCAGUGGCUCUAGUACUACUGUUUUUUCAGUGUUUAUGCAAUGCGUGGGGACAAGUUAUGGUUUCACUGGUUUAGAAACUUUGUUCAUUGGCUGGUUCAUGAUCUGUUCUGAUGGUCAACAGUUCUCAAAUAGUGUUUUAUGUGCAACAAAACAUUUUAAAUUAAUAAAAUGUAUAAAAUGCAUGAUGUUCAUUGUAAUAUAGGAGAUGCAGGGUCUGAACAUUAUACAAUAAUUAUUUUUAAUAUACAAAUUUAUUUUGUUCAUCAUUUUAGCAAAAUAUUUGCUUUGCCUUAAACAAUCUACUGUGCAUAAAUUAGCACAGAGAACAGCCAAUCAGAUGAUAGUGAAUGGUUUUAUAUGUCGUGUCAUUAACGCUGUGGUUAGAGCUGUUCGUGUUUAUAGUUGGGGAAGUUUAGUUUCCAGUAAACUUGAGAGCUGACUGCUGCAUAAACACUUCGUCUUCAAUCGUCAAGAUCUUCCAUCUACAACCUACAGAAGCAUGGUAAGGUAUCACUCUUAGAAACUACUUUUAUCUUUAAAACUAAGCUUUCUAGACAUUGCAGUGAUGUCUAGAUGCUCUAUAGAUAAUUUAACAAGUUCUAAUAUAUUUCAGAUCUGCUCUUCUUCAGUGCUGAUGAAGAUGUUGGUGAAUGCAGGCCUAGUUUUGAUGAUCCUUCUUUUAAAAACAGGAUCCCAGACUUUAGCCUGGAGCGUGUCGUACACUCCCAGCAGGAUCUGUGCUGUUCAGCACUCCUCAGUGGUCCUGCCCUGUAAACUCUCCUACUCCAGAUCUCAGGAGAUCAGCACCUACGUCUGGUACCAUCAGAAUCAGGAAGGAGCCGAGGCUACGGUCGUUUCUGUAAAGCGAUUUUCAGCAGAACGUUUAACAGGAGCUUCAGAUAAACUGGAGAUUCUGGACUGUUCUCUCACUCUGAAGAACGUGACUCAGGACAGCGCUGGAAUCUACAAGUUCAGCAUCAGCAACAACUCCACCCAGGACCUGACCAAUCAGCACGGCGUUACACUGCAGAUCACUGACCUAAAGGUGGACGUCGAGUCAGAGUCGGACGUGGUCACAGUAGGACAGUGGGUGAUGCUGAUCUGUGGGACUUGCAUCCCUUCCGUCACUGUACCGAAUUACGUCUGGCAUAAAGAUGGAGAUCUGCACAGUGAGAUACUGGGAGACAACCAGCUGGACCUACCUGACGUCAGACUGGAGGAUGAAGGCAUCUACUCCUGCUCUAUAAGUGGCCAUGAAGGCUUUAGUUCCUCAGCUGUGAAUAUCACUGUCAAAUCUCCUCCAAAGAGCGUCUCAGUGUCUAUCAGUCCCUCUGGUGGAAUAGUGGAGGGAAGUUCGGUAAAUUUGACCUGCAGCAGUGAUGCUAACCCACCUGUGCAGAUCUACACCUGGUUUAAAGAAGGUGAAACCUCACCUGUAGGGUUCGAAUCCGACUUCAGCUUCAUCGUAAAUGACACAACCAGUGGACGGUACUUCUGUGAGGUCCAGAACGGCCACGGAUCUCUGAGAUCAGCUUUGAUGCCUGUUGUAUUAAUGGCAGAUCGUCCCAUGAUUCUGUAUGUAGCUCCUGCAGUCGGAUGUUGUGCUGCAGUUGCAGUUGCAGUUCUUGGGACUGUAGUUUUCUGCUUGAGCAGGAGUAAGAAGCAGAACAGCAAUCCUGAGAAACGUGACUUUCAGAAUACCAACCCUUACGUUGAAGAUGACACCUAUACAACUCUUGACCUUGGAGCCAAGACUAAUGAUGAUUUGUACCAGACCCUUGAGCUGGUUCAUCCUGGUUCUUCUGUUAACUCUGACAAACCUGAGUCUUCUGACUAUGAGAAUGUUGAAAAUGUGAGUACAAGCCAUCCAAUCCAUAACACUACAAAAAUAAUGAUCUACAUUAGUUCUGGAAAGACUUCAAAUAAAGUGAUGGAAACCAGUCAGCCCUGCUAUGAGUAGUUGCUGAACACUGCUAACAACAGCAUGGAUUUGAUUGUGGAUUUAAGACUCAGACUCCCACAAAGAAACUUAAGACUUGAUCAAGACUCAACUCAGACUGACAUCUAAAGCCCUAAAAUUCAACUCAGAAUUGCACUCUAAAUACUUGAUUUAACUUAGACUUACCCUAGUAACUAAAGAGUUAAAUCAGACUCACAUUCUAAACACUUGAGACUCAACUCAGACUCACAUUCUACAGUUUUGAGACUCAACUCAGGCUUACAUCCCUUAUACCAGCAACUUGAGACUCAAUUCAUACUCUUAUACCAGAGACUUGAGACUCAACUCAGACUCACAUUUUAGAGACUUGAGACUCAACUCAGACUCACAUUUUAGAGACUUGAGACUCAACUCAGACUUUUGUACCAGUGACUUGAGACUUAAUUCAGACUCUUAUACCAGCAACUUGAGACUAAACUCAGACUUACAUUUAAGAGACUUGAGACUCAACUCACCCAUACCAGAGACUUGAGACUCAACUCAGACUCACAUUUUAGAGACUUGAGAGUCAACUUAGACUCACAUUUUAGAGACUUGAGACUCAACUCAGACUUAUACCAGAGACUUGAGACUCAACUCAGACUUACAUUUAAGAGACUUGAGACUCAACUCAGACUCAUACCAGAGACUUGAGACUCAACUCAGACUCACAUUUUAGAGACUUGAGAGUCAACUCAGACUCACAUUUUAGAGACUUGAGACUCAACUCAGACUCUUAUACCAGCGACUUGAGACUCAAUUCAGGCUCUUAUACCAGCGACUUGAGACUCAACUCAGACUCAUACCAGAGACCUGAGACUCAACUCAGACUCACAUUUUAGAGACUUGAGAGUCAACUCAGACUCGCAUUUUAGAGACUUGAGACUCAACUCAGACUCUUAUACCAGCGACUUGAGACUCAAUUCAGACUCUUAUACCAGCAACUUGAGACUCAAGUCAGUCACAUUCUACAGUUUUGAGACUCAACUCAGACUUACAUCCCUUAUACCAGCGACUUGAGACUCAAUUCAUACUCUUAUACCAGUGACUUGAGACUCAACUCAAACUCACAUUUUAGAGACUUGAAACUCAACUCACUCUUAUACCAGCGACUUGAGACUUAAUUCAGAUUGGCAUCCAAGAGACUUCAGACUCAAUUCAUACUCUUAUACCAGUGACUUGAAACUCAAUUCAUACUCUUAUACCAGCGCCUUGAGACUCAACUCAGACUCACAUUUUAGAGACUUGAGACUCAAUUCAGACUCUUAUACCAGCGACUUGAGACUCGACUCAGACUCUUAUACCAGAGACUUGAGGCUUAACUCAGACUCACAUUUUAGAGACUUGAGACUCAACUCAGACUUUUGUACCAGCGACUUGAGACUCAACUCAGACUUUUGUACCAGCAACUUAAGACUCAACUCAGACUUUUGUACCAGCGACCUGAGACUUAAUUCAGGCUCUUAUACCAGCGACUUGAGACUCAAAUCAGACUUUUGUACCAGCGACCUGAGACUUAACUCAGACUCUUAUACCAGUGACUUGAAACUCAACUCAGACUCACAUUCCAGAGACCUGAGACUCAACUCAGACUCACAUUCCAGAGACCUGAGACUCAACUCAGACUCACAUUCCAGAGACCUGAGACUCAACUCAGACUCACAUUCCAGAGACUUGAGACUCAACUAAGACUUGCAUCCCAGGGACUUGAGACACAACUCAGACUCACAUUCUAGACACUUGAGACUCAACUCCGACUCGGAUUCCAGAGACUUGAGACUCAACUCAGACUCACAUCCCAGAGACCUGAGACUCAACUCAAACUUGCAUUCCAGAGACUUGAGACUCAACUCAGACUCACAUUCUAGAGACUUGAGACUCAACUCAGACUCACAUUCCAGGGACACAAGACUAAACUUAGACUCUUAUUGUAGGGACACAAAACUCAACUCUGACCCACACUCUGGCUGAACUGCAUUUAGCAAGACAUUAUUACACAUGUUAAACUGUUGCCCGUCUCACUGCCUUGCAGUGCUGUUAGAUGGCAUUCAUUCAUACUAGAGACCUCAACUAGACAUUAAAAAAAGGAAAAAACGAAGGAAUAAG